AUGACAUUUUCAAGAAAACGUUCCCAUUCAACAUUAAUAUCCGAUUAUAAUGAAGAAAAUCAAUUUAAAAGAAGAAAUUUUUCCAGUUUAACUAAUAUCAAAAACCAUCAACAAAUAAUACACUGUGAUGAUAAUGAGGAUGUUGACUCUUAUAACUAUUACAAUCCUGCCAUAUCAAAACAUUUGGAUUCAGAUCGUGACAUCUUAUUAGAUAUGGUUAGUUCAAUGGAAACUGGAGCGUUUGAUCAUGUUUCUCACUUUGAUCCUUCAAAGGAUUAUCAAUAUCAAUAUGAUGCUAAUAAUAACACCAAAGGGAAAUCUAUUUCAAGAACGACUUCAUUUUCAAAUGGGACUAAAAAAAGUAUUAUUUCUACACAAGAUAAAAUUGCAAGAGAACAUUGUUUCGAUUAUAUUGUUCAAGCAAUUGAUGAAGUUUGGGCUCGUUAUUGUGAUACAACAUCCAAUGCUGAAGCUAAAGUUUAUAGUUCCAUGAAUACUAAUUCCAAACAUUCAGAGGAAAUUUGCUUAAAUUUACCAAAUUUAAGCAAAGAUAUUGAUCAAGUUGAAUCAAAUGAGAACGAAUUUGAUCACCAUAAUCAUCAUCAAUCUUAUAAACCACUAAAUCUUUCAGAUCAGGAAGAAUCAGAUCUUUCUGAAAGUGACGAUGAAGAUGAAGACAAAGAAACAAGUGGAUAUAAAUCAGAAGCUACAAAUUUAACAGAAUAUGAAACAGAUUCCGGUGGAGAUCAUCGCACUGUCUCUAGAUUACCAGAUUCAAUAAAUUUACAAUCUUUGAAAUCAAGAUUACUAAAAGCCAAAGAUGAUUUAGAGCAAGUUUAUGAUUCUAUUGAUCUUUCAGAUUGUAUUGCAUUUUGGAGACGGUGGGACAUGAUUAAAUAUAGCGCCGUUGAAGUCAUGGAAGAUGAUGAUGAUGAUGAAAUCAUAGAGAACGCUAUAAUGGAACUGGAAGAAGGUAGGUUCUAUAGAGAAUGA